GUUUGUUUAUCACUUGACCUGACAUUCAUAUUAUUUCAUAGCCAUUAUUCAUUGAUUCACAUUUUGCUCCAAUUGAUUAAUAUAAGUUAAUAGUUGAUAUAUUUUUUUUAAUUUUACCACAAUUUUACUUGUCUUACCUUCUUAUAUCUAUUUACAAAAUGAGUGGAGCGUUAAAGAAAGUUAGCUUUAUAAAUAGUAAGUAUUAAUUUCUGUUCUAUAAUUUUAUUUUCAAUAAAAUAUUAUAUGUCAAUGUAGGUAGGUAUUUUAUUUAAUUAUCUAAAAAAUAAAAUAAUUUAUAUCUUGUAUUUUAACAUUGUAUAGCGUUUAUUAACACAGCCAAGCCCAACUUGCAAACAUUUGUCAAGUAUGCUAAGGUGGAAUUAACUCCACCGAAGUUUUCUGACUUACCAGAGAUCAAAAAUGAAAUUUCAAAAAUUAUUCAAACUGCUAAAACUGGACGCUGGAAGAAUAUUACUGUUAAGGUAUGAUUACUUUUAACUUUUCUAAAAUUUUAUUUUUCAACAAAAGUGUUUUAAAGUGACAACAAUGAGUAAGUAGUUAUUAAAAAUAACUUCCUAAGUGAUUAAGCAUAAUUUACUUAACUUACAAAUCAAUGUACUUUUUAGAGAUACCUAAAUCAUAUUAAUAGUCACCUUUUAUAUUAGUAUAUUGAAUUAUUUAUAAUGUAUAAUACUAUCCAUCAUUCUUUUUAUCCUAUAAGGGGUCUAUGAUAAUUUUACUGAAAUGUAAUAAAUGGAGCGAAUAGGUACAGAAAGGGUUAAUAUUUAGUAAAAUGUCUAUGUGUAGGGAUGGCAUAAAAUCUAGGACUUUCGAUAUAUUGAAGACCUAAUAUCGAUACCACAAUAUAUCCUUAAUAAUUUUUUUGAUAUACUGAGAAAUAAAAUCUUACCCAAAAUAACGGUAUGAUAUAUUUUUCAUCAAAAACUAUUGUCUACAAUUUCUGGUGAUAACAGAUUUGGUGGAAAUAAUUGAAAAAUAUCAUAAUUUGGCCAUAAUUUUGAAUAUUUAUUAAUAUAUUGGUUAUAUGAUUUUCGAAUUACUCGCCUAAUAUCUUUACUGUUAUGCUGUGUGAUGCGGACAAAAUGGGUUUCCCUAUUCAACCCAUCAUCAUUAAUAAUAACUAUUUUUGUUUUUGUUUUACAUUGUAAAUUUGUAAAAUAUAUCACUAUAGUUUAAAUUUUAAGUAUAAACAAUAUUGAUAUGUCGAUAUUUAGCAUAAAGUAUCGAUUAUCUCUGUGUAUCAAUGAGGAAGUAUCAAUACAAAAAUGAACGAUGCAUAUUAACAUAAAGUUUCAUUAUAUGCAAUAUAUCAAUAUUUCGUUGCCAUCCCUAUCUAUGUGACUAUACUAUGUACAUUAUACAUUAAUAUCGCUUAUAUCAAUGACGGUUAUGAUGAAAAAAUAAUUAUAAUGGUACUAACAAAUCGAUGUUGAAUGUCCUGGCAAACUUGGCUUGAGUGUACUAGAAAUAAUAAAUAAUUACAUAGCCCAGCUUGUAUUUUAAAUUGUUAUUUAAAAUGUUAUUAUAAUUGUGUUAUGACAACAGUACUGUAAUUUUGUAAUUAUUUAUUGUAUUUAACCAGGUAUUAUUAUUUUUAAAUUUUCAUUAUUAUUUAUAUAUUUAUGAAUUAAUUAUUUACAAUUAAAAAAAAAAAAAUACAGAAAAAGAAAUAAACAAAACGACUUCAAUACUUUAUGGACAUUAAGAGAAUUAAAUAGGGGUUUGUAAUUAUGAUAUACAUAUACCAAACAAUUGAAAAAAAUAACCAACAGUAGGUAAUAAUAGAAAAAAGUAAUUUAUUGAUCAGUAAAAGUUAUUUAUUUUUCUAAUUGAGUGAGUUACCAUAAUUUGAUAAAGGGAUUUAUUUGAUUUUUAAUUAAGUACUUAUCAGUGCCUUAAAUACAAAAUUUGGGCUAAGAAGCAAAGUUUUCAACGAGCCUCUUCUUAUCUAGGCAUAUAUAGAGAGGUCUGAUGGGUGUGCAUCUGCCUUACCGAAAUUAUUUUAUACAUUUUUUUUUUUUAAUAUUGUGUGUCUUAUUAUUAAUAAUAAUUAAAUGCUAGGAAUAAAACAAUAUAUUCAAUAAUUAACAUAAACAGGUUAGUUGAUAGUCUUAGUGUUGUGGAUAUCAACAUUGAUAGAAAAUUUUUUUUUAUUUAAAUCUGUGUUAACAAGAGGAUUGCCACCAUUUAAUGUAUAAGGAGUAAGGAUAUAAUUUUGAAAGUAGUUUUCAUAUAAAGAUUAAUUCACUCAUUUUUUUGUGAUCGAAAAGACAAAAAUCAAAUUCAUUUAAAAUCCUUCAUAUAGUCAAAAGUAUCAAAAGUAUCUAAGUAAUCUUUUGUUGACUCAAAAUUAUAUGAUGUGAGCAGAAUAAUUAGAUACAUAUUCAUAUUUAUUUAUUUCUAUUUCCUGAAGUAUUUAUGAUUUUUGAGUUUUUAUUUUUUUUGGUUUAUUAUCGUAAGUAGGACAUUGUUCUCUGAUUUUUCACUGUUUUAUGUUUUUAAAAAGAAAAGCACUUAAUCCUAAUUAAUUUUUAUUUUACAGGAUGCUACUGUCAAUUCACUUGUCGCUAUUGAAGUAUUGAUGUGGUUUUAUCUUGGAGAAUGUAUUGGAAAGAGACACUUAGUUGGUUAUAAUAUUAAAUUAUAAAUGUAUAUCUGUAAUUUAAAGUAAAUUUUACUUCUUCAGAUUGUAUACAUAUGUUUUGUAUUUAGAAAUUAUUUUUUAGUGUAGGUAUGUCAAAUUUAUACUAUUAAAAUACAUUUGUGAAAAAAAUAAAAUAAUCAAUUUGUCAAAAUACCUACAGUUAUAUAAAUAGUAAACAGUAAAAGCAAAAUAUAUCAUUUUUAUGAACAUUUUAUGCUAUACAUAUUAUGAAUAUUUAUUUAUGUAUAAUAUACUAGGUAAACCCUAGUGUUCAUUAUCUAAUGAAUGUA